CCAAAGGGAGAUAAACACGAACAAGAGUGAAAAAUAGUCGUUGCUUUAGCAUCAAGUCAUUACAAGGGAAAAUUUUCUUUGUGUCGGUUUCUUGUGAAACAAGUAAUAGACAGAGAUUUAGGGUUUCGCGGGUCGGAGAUGUCUCUGAGAACGAUCAAAGCGAUGGCGGACGUUGGCGGCGGUGGCGGAGCGAUCACGGCAAUAGCGAUCGAUAAGGACAAAAACAGCCAACAUGCUCUGAAAUGGGCUGUCGAAAAUAUUAUCACCGAUUCUCCUCAUUGUAUCCUUCUCCACGUUAAACAAAAGACCAGUAUGCAUCUCCAUCAUCAUCAUCAUCAUCAUGGCUAUACAUCUAGAAUGAUGCCACAUUGUCAUAAAUCAGAAUCAUAUGGAGAAUCUACAGAAGAUCGAGAAGACGACCAACAAGAAGCAUACCAUUUCUUCCUUCCCUUCAGAGGAUUUUGUGCUCGGAAAGGGAUCAUAGCAAAGGAGGUUCUUCUUCAUGAUCAUGACGUCUCCGGUGCAAUUGUCAAAUACCUCGCCAACGACAACAUCGCAAACAUUGUCGUUGGCGCCUCUGCACAUAAUUCCUUGCUCAAGAGGUUCAAGCAAGCAGAUUUGGCGACAAAUUUGGUCAAGAAGGCUCCAGAGACUUGUGCUGUCUUUGUUGUCUCAAAAGGGAGGCUUAUCACAAGUAGAUCUGCAAACCGUCCUCGGACACCUCGGUCUCCGCAUACACCAAAGAAACGUGCUAACCAACUGAAUCUCUCUGUAAUACUAUCUGAUCCUGGGCCAGAGAGCUUGAAUUCUGGUGAAACUGGCAGGACAUCAGCAGUCACAAGUGGAGAGAUGAUCCGAUCUGCCCUAAACUACAGACCCAGACCGUAUCUCUCCCAAUCUGAUUCGCCCAACAGCUCCCGAAGUGCGAAUUCUCAGUGGGAGAUGGGCAGUGACUUCUCUUCCUAUUCCAACAGCAUGGUGUCAAUGGAGAAUUCCUACAGCAUUCUUGAAAACUCCACCACCAACGGCAGCUCUUUGACCUCGCUCUCAUCCAUGUCCAUUUCUGAGGCGGGUGACGUGCAGGAAAAUUUAUCUUCAAACAAUUUCCUGGAACAACAGAACCGAGUUCUUGAGACAGAGAUGAGAAGAUUGAGACAUCAAUUGCAGAAGUUGAAUUCUACUCUUGUAUGCUUACACGUUGAUUGCAAUAUUGUUUCCCUGAUUGUCUCCAGUUGUAACAUCAGAAAUUGCAUUUUGCAGGCGAUACAUCUUCAAGAAGGCAGAGCAGACGAAAGACAAUGGCUGGAAGAAGAAAAGCAAGCAGCAGAUAGCCCUAGAGCAUUGCCCGAGUUGGAGAAGCAGAAAUCUCAGGCUGCAGUCCAAGUAGCUGAAAUGGCACAGCGUCUUGCCGAGAUGGAGAUCCAGAAGAAAAAACUCAUGGAGAUGCAGAUGAAGUUAGAGGAACGACAGAAGACAUCAGCAGAUUAUAGACCCUUGGACAACAGGGUAUCUUAUCGACGAUACAGUAUCAAAGAGAUUGAAGAUGCAACAGAAUGCUUUUCAGAUGGUUUAAAGAUCGGGGAAGGAGGUUACGGACCUGUUUAUAAAGCCAUCCUUGAUCACACAGCUGUUGCCAUAAAAAUCUUGAAGUCAGAUGUUUCACAAGGCCUGAGACAGUUCCAUCAAGAGAUUGAAGUUUUGAGCUGCAUGAGGCAUCCUAACAUGGUAAUCCUCCUCGGUGCCUGCCCCGAGUAUGGGUGCCUUGUUUAUGAGUACAUGGAAAAUGGAACCCUCGAAGAUCGCCUCUUCUGCAAAGACGAUACUCCACCAUUAACAUGGAGAACACGGUUCAGAAUCGCUGCUGAGAUAGCCACAGGACUUCUUUUCCUUCACCAAGCAAAACCCGAGCCCCUGGUUCAUCGUGAUCUGAAGCCAGCAAACAUUCUACUGGAUGGACAUUUUGUUAGCAAGAUCAGUGAUGUCGGUCUAGCUCGGCUGGUCCCUUCAUCUGUGGCCGAUAGCUACAGCCAUUAUCACAUGACUGCUGCAGCUGGUACAUUUUGUUACAUUGACCCAGAAUACCAGCAAACGGGAAUGCUUGGAGUGAAGUCAGACUUGUACUCAUUUGGUGUGGUUCUCCUGCAAAUCCUCACAGCAAGGCCACCUAUAGGUUUAAGUCAUAAAGUAGAGCAAGCGAUCGAGAACAAGAGAUUCAGAGAAAUUCUGGAUCCCAAUAUACAAGAUUGGCCAAUAAAAGAAACCUUGGCAUUGGCUAGAUUGGCUUUGCAAUGUUGUGAGCUGAGGAAAAAGGACAGACCUGAUCUCGCUUCAGGUCUGUUGCCACUGCUGGAUAAGCUAAGGGAUCUUGCAUUGGAAGAUCAGGAACCCGAUUUGUACAGAACGCUAUGUGUGCCACUGCCUCAUGAUUCAGUUCCACUUGCCAGGAUUCCUUCAUCACAGGUUAGUUUCUUAGAACCCUUUUCUUCUCAAGGGAUAUCAACUGCAUAUUGAACUUCAAACAUUUACGCGCAUUAGA